AUGCCAGAUUACGGUGAAAGAGAAUAUUGGGACCAAAGAUAUAUAGAAGAAAAAGAUGGUAGAAUUUAUUUUGAUUGGUACCAUGGAUAUAAAAAUUUAAAAGGAUUUUUAAACAAAUUUAUGAAAAAACAAGAUAAAAUUUUAAUGAUCGGUUGUGGUAAUAGUAAAUUGGGUUCAGAAAUGUAUUCAGAUUCAUAUAGCGAUAUUAUAAACAUUGAUUUUUCAGAACCAUUAAUCGAAUAUAUGAAGGAACUUGACAAAGGAAAAGUUGGUUUAGAGUAUCUUACAAUGGAUGGUAGAAACAUGGUCGAGUUUCAAGACAGUUUAUUUGACCAAGUUUUCGAUAAGGGUACAUUGGAUGCAGUCAUGUGUAGCGAUGAUGACAAUAACAAUGCAAAACAAAUUUGUUUAGAAGUUUCAAGAGUAUUAAAACCAGGUGGUUUCUUUAUUGUAAUGACAUACGGUGCACCAGAAUCAAGAUUACCAAUCUUAGAAAAAUCAAUUCACAAUUGGACCGUCACUAUGAGAAUGGGUGGUGCUACUGUUAAAUCUCAAAUGAAUCAAUGUCAUUAUAUUUAUAUUUGUCAUAAAAAUGGUUUAGAUGGCCAAAAAGAAGGUAGAGAAUUCCCAAGCGAAAUUUUUAAUCAUUUUUUAACAAGUUCAUUAGGUGAAGUACCUUUGGAAGUUUUAUCACCAUAA